AUGGACACUAUCAGAGGCCUUAGGGGCCCAAAGAAUAAUUUUGAGGAAAGGAGGGGUAAACGAGGGUUUGACAGGCAAAGAGAAUCUGAUGAAACAGGAGUUAAACCCAUCGACAAACGUGAGGGAGUUGGUGCUCAUAAUUGGGGAUAUCAUAAGGAUGAUAUAGAAGAAGCUGAUAUACCUAAUAACGACAUCAAUCAAAGUUGGGGAGAUGAUUCAAAGGUGGAAGCUGUCGAUGAAAAAAAAGAAGUUGAUGUUGAACCUACUCCAAUCGAAGAAGAACCCAAAGAAUUGACAUUGGACGAAUGGAAGGCUCAGCGUGCUGGUCGUGUCAAGCCCCAAUAUAAUAUUCGAAAAGCAGUCGAAGGCGAGGAUCCAAGCCUCUGAAAGAAAGAGAAAGAAGAAGAAUCUCAAGAAUAAGAAUAUGAUAUACCCGAAUAUCCCCAACGUGUUGGUGGACAGAAAUACAUUCUGGACAUCGAUAUUCAGUUUAAAGAUAGUAGGCGUCUUGGUGUUGGGUGUGGGAGAGACCAAAGAUCUGGUCCAAAAGGAACUCGUGGGGGUCGUGGGGGUGGCAGAGAUGGUGGUAGAGAUGGAAGGGGUUUCAAAGAUGGAACCAGAGAUGAUGUUAGAGAAGGUGGACGGGAUGGUGGUAGAGAUUCGGCAAGGGAUCUAGGCAGAGAAAGUUCUGGACAGGCUGAAGAUCGAAACGAUGAUCGUCAAGCUCCGAAGGUUGAUGAUGAACGUGACUUUCCUUCUCUUGGAUAAAUUUAUGGCAGUGUUGUCUGCCAUACUUUCAGUUGAGUUGUGGU